AUGGCCGCCCAGGUGCUGUCCAUGGAGGCCCGCACGGGACGUAGCAACCAGCGCUACGGCUCCCAGGGCGAGCGCCUCGUCGCGGGCAUCGUGCCCCUCUCGACCGACAAAUACUACGUCUUGCUCAUCCAGUCCACGCGCCGCGGCGGCUGGGUGCUGCCCAAGGGCGGCUGGGAAACCGACGAAGCAACCGCGCAGGACGCCGCGAAGCGCGAGGCCUGGGAGGAGGCCGGCAUCGUCGUCAAAAUCACAUUCGAUCUCGGCCUGAUCCCCGAGUGGCGGAAACCGGACCAGCUGACCGCCCAGGCCCCAAAGGCCGCCUACCACUUCUUCGAGGGCACCGUGGAGAAGCAGGAGAGCCAGUGGCCCGAGAUGCACAAGCGCUCGCGACAGUGGAUGACCUUCUCCCAGGCCACCCAGGCGUUGGCAGAUAGACCAGAGCUGCUAGACGCGCUGAAUCGGUGUACCAUGCAUCGGUAG